AUGAGGACAUCCAAGGCUCUGUCCAAGGUUGAGAAUAAGCCUUUGGUUCAAGUCCAGAAGCCACCUUCCAAGAACAAGAACCUCAAAAUGACCCGACUUUUGCAGAAGGUAGGGAGUGAUGGUUAUGUUACUUCACUCCCUUUUGUGGACACCACGGGAAAGAACACAGUUAAUUUCCCACAUAUCAGCAACAAAAUCCUGUUGAAGCCACCCUUGCUAUAUAAGGAGAAUCAAAUUCACAGUCGGGUGCUGACCUCUGAGAUCAAGGCUUCAGAAAUAUCUUUCCACUCUGGCAUUAAAACACAAGAUCCCAAGGCAGAGGAGAACUUGCCACGGAAGCACAAGGUGCCCCUGACAGCGGCAGAGGCCCUAAAGUUUUUUAAGAACCAGCUGUCCCCUUAUGAGCAAAGUGAAAUCCUAGGCUACAAAGAGCUGUGGUUCCUGGGACUUGAAGCUGAGAAGCUCAACGUACCUCCUGAAAAGUUCAGUGCGACAAGUUUUGAUGAUGAACACGGCUCCUAUAUGAAGGUCCUGCACGAUCACAUUGCGUACCGCUACGAGGUUCUGGAGAUGAUUGGGAAAGGUUCCUUUGGACAGGUGGCCAAAUGCUUGGAUCAUAAAAACAAUGAGUUCGUGGCCCUGAAAAUCAUCAGGAACAAAAAGAGAUUUCACCACCAGGCCCUAGUGGAGUUGAAGAUCCUGGAAGCCCUCAGAAGGAAGGACAAAGACAACACUCACAAUGUGGUACACAUGAAGGACUAUUUCUACUUCCGCAAUCACCUCUGUAUCACCUUUGAACUCCUAGGGAUCAACUUGUAUGAGUUGAUGAAAAAUAAUAGCUUCCAAGGCUUCAGUCUAUCAGUGGUGCGACGCUUCACUCUCUCUGUUCUGAAAUGCUUGCAAAUGCUUUAUGUAGAGAAGAUCAUUCACUGUGAUCUCAAGCCUGAAAAUAUAGUACUAUACCAAAAGGGCCAAGUCUCUGUUAAAGUUAUUGACUUUGGGUCAAGCUGUUAUGAACACCAGAAAGUGUAUACCUAUAUCCAAAGCCGGUUCUACCGAUCUCCUGAGGUGAUUCUAGGCCACCCCUACAACAUGGCCAUUGAUAUGUGGAGUCUGGGUUGCAUCAUGGCAGAGCUGUACACAGGCUAUCCUCUGUUCCCUGGGGAGAACGAGGUGGAGCAGCUGGCCUGCAUCAUGGAGGUUCUGGGCCUGCCGCCAGCCCACUUCAUCCAGACAGCCUCCAGGAGACAAACAUUCUUUGAUUCCAAAGGUUUUCCUAAAAAUAUAACCAACAAUAGGGGGAAAAGAAGAUACCCGGAUUCCAAGAGUCUCACGAUGGUGCUGAAAACCUGUGACACCAGCUUCCUGGACUUUCUCAGAAGAUGGGAACCUUCUCUUCGCAUGACCCCUGACCAGGCCCUCAAACAUGCCUGGAUUCAUGAGCCAAGGAAACUCAAAACUUGGUCCAAGCCCCGGACUCUGAGUAAAUCAAGAUUCUUUUCUCCCUCUGAGACAAGCAAAGACAAGGAUGAAGGAAAUCAUUACUCAAGCAAAAGCAAAAAAGAUGAGAUCAUCAAGGAGAGUACAGACAAAUUAAAAGAAGGUGCCACUAAGCACAUUCAGGAUUCAGGUGAUCAGCAGGGCUCUCUCCAGCACAUGGCUGACACUGUCCAGCUGCCUCAUCUAGCAGAAGCUCCUGGAAAGCCAGAGGUUGCUGUUGGGCCUGAGGUACCCAUGGCCUCCACAGAACAACAGAGCAGAAAGCCCUCCCCCAAGGGCACAAGCAUUUUACCACCUAUUGUAUGA